AUGGGCUCAUUUUUGACGUCAUUCUUGAGGCAAUCGAUAGAACUGAUCGUAAAUGGCGGUUGGUCGACAUGGUCAUCGUGGACGGGCGCCUGCUCCGCAGACUGUUUGGUAUUGCGCCGUGCCCUCGAGAACAACGCUGGUUCCGAAGUGAUCCCACGACUAAGGCGAAUACGAACCUGUAACAAUCCAGCACCUCUCAAUGGUGGAGCGUACUGUUCUGGCGAAGAAGAGGAAUUCCGCUCGUGCAAUCUUACGUGUCGUUUGGAUGGUCGAUGGUCACCGUGGUCAGAUUGGUCACCUUGUUCACCCACCUGUCACCGAUUUCGUACCAGGACCUGCACAUCGCCACCUCCAAUCAAUGGCGGUCGGCCAUGUGUAGGACGUGAACUGGAAACUGUACCAUGUAGUAGCGACUACUGUGUUCCAUCCUCGGCCCCGCAACCUCGACUGCCCAACGAUGCGACUGUCUACGCUGGAUUGGCUUGUGUUCUUGUCCUGCUGGCCAUCAUUAUGGCCCUGUGUACUGCCCUUCUUUGCAAGAGGAAUCGUGGCAAGAAGGGCAGCGUGAAGAACAUCUACUAUGCAGAAAGUGGAGCACAUGUCCGACGCGUCCUCCUCGAACAACAACAAAAAGCCUUGUUAGCCGACGAAUGUAUAAAGGUCAGCGGUGGCUCUCCAAAUUGCUUUCUCAUUGAGAUUGUUCCAUUAAAUGGCUUGCCACUGAGCUCGAACUCAAAUGGAAACUUUCAGCCGCCGCCACCAGUCGGUUCGCAGUUCUUCACUCUUGGAAGCACAUGUUCUCCGUCACCAUUGCAUCCAUCAAUGACAUUACGAUCAGGGAAAAGCGGAUACAGUGGCUAUUCUGCGAACCGGAACGCUGGUUCACGUGCAGCUCUAAUCACUGAAUGCUCGUCAAACUCGUCCUCAGGCGGCAAACGGACACUCGUUCGGACGAGUUCUAACUAUUCAGACGACGAGAAUUACGCCACUCUUUAUGACUAUCUGGAUGAGAAAGCCGUUGGCUGUCUCGAAAUCUUCACAAGCAAUUGUACGCCGCGACAACUUCGUAAAUGUGGUGCGUCGUUGUUAAUACCGGAAAACGCAUUGAACUCGGACAGAAUGAUCUAUCUGGCGGUUUCCGAUCAAAUUAUCGACCGUCCUAAAACUACAGCCUGGAGAAUCCAGCGCUUCAUCAAUAGUGGGGCUCGUGCAUGUGAGGUGAGAUCGGCUAGUCCGGCUCGGCUGCUGUUGAAGCCUUUGAUUCUUUCGAUUAGACACUGUGCCUCGGUGUUCCCACGUGAUAACUGGUCCUUUAUCCUGUAUGCGGACGAAGGGUUCGGGUGUACCACAACGAGUCGUAGACCGGUUGGUAGAGGAAAAUCUGAACUCGACCGAGUAGCCAAUAACACAUGGAGAAGACGAAGAAGCACGGGGGUAAUGUUGGCCGGUCGACCACGACGAGCCUCAGCCGCUGCAUGCAAACGAGUUCACCUGGCCGCCUACGGACCAUCGGAGCGACCUCGAACGUCCAGCUUUGAUCUGCGGGUCUACUGUGUGCCGGAGACUGGAGCCGCCAUGGAAAGCGUUGCGAAGCAGGAACAGCAUGGACGGUUACUUGCGGAAUCCGAGCACUUUUUGCUAAACGAGAAAGGUGAUCUCUGUUUCUGUGUCGAGGAUGUCUCCGAAGGCUUCUCCACACGUGGAUCAGCGCUCGUGGUAAGAUUUAUGUAUUUUUUUGUUUCUUGA